ACCAAUCAACACAUUUUGUUAAUAGAAAUUACAAAUCAGUUAUUUGGGGACGACCCAUAAACAACAGAACCCAAAAAAAGGCUAUGGAUUAUCCCCAAGGCAUCAACAAAGUCUCCACUUCUGUUAUUGAUAAUGACAACAAAUUGAAGAAACAUAACUUAGAAGCUGAGAAGCGACUCAAAAAAGUGGAACAAGAUUAUCUUCACAUAAGCCAAAAGUACACAGAAACAAGAUCACAGUGGUGGAGCUUAAAUGAUGAGAGAUACCGCGCUGUCAGUAGCUGUCACUCUGCUGCAAACCUCAUUAACCGCUGCAACAAGCUGGUAGAGAAAUUACAGAAGGCUCUUGACAAGCUACUUAAAGGAGAAACAACAGAAGAAACCAUUGAUCAUAACCUGCAAUUCUCGUUACUUCAGCAGAAAGCACAAUUUCAAGAGCUAGAGUAUCAUGGAAAAUAUGAAUUCAGAGAAUUUAGCAGAGAGCUAGACUGCAUUCGGAAAAAAAUGCCUAGAAGUGACCGCAGAAAAGCUGUACAUGAUCUCCUAAAAGAUGUUUGUAACCCCACAAGUCAUGACAGUUUGAGAAAAUCUGUGGAGCUGGAAAUAAAAGUUCUGAAGAAGCUGAUCAGAGCGCUUCAAAAAGACUGGGAAGAAAAACUACAUAUAAAGCAAAAUGCAAAGAAUAUAUAUAAAGAUUUCGAACAAAAGGUGAAGCAUCUAGAGAAGAAAAAGGAACAACUUGCGAGACAGCGGGACGAAGAAAGAAAAAUCAUGCUCGGGACGAAGAAAACGCAUGAUAGGAAGAUAGGUACAUAUCCUGAGGCUUAUUAUAUCAAGAUGUUGAAUGAUAAUUUACCAUGAUGGGUUGUAAUGAAUUAUUUUGGGGAUUGGAGUCUUUUCCUUUUCCUAAACCAUUCACCAAAUUUCACAUGCAUAGUUUAACUGCGACAUGUACACAUAAAAGAACUGUCUCAAGUUUCAACAGAGAUAUAUAAAUGAGGAAAAGAUGUUGUCACAGUUUGUAGCUUGGCUUGGAAAAUUGUUCUUUAGGAUUUGAACAAAAAAAAAGUGGCAAAAGACGGAUAAAGAGUACUAAGAAGAAAGCUAAAACGAGAUUAUACGAAAGUGACCACAAUAUAAUCUAAGGUCGAAGAUAAAGCUGAUGUAUGAAAAAAGGAAUCUAGAGAAGCACAUUAUCAGAGGAAGCCACCAACCUAAUUAACCAUGUCCACC